CUGAAGACUACCGUUCAUGGCGAUUGUCAGGUAUGCGGUCAGCUAGGACAUGGAAGUCAUUUCGGUGUUCUAACCUGUCGAGCAUGUGCUGCAUUUUUUAGAAGAACCGUAGUGAUGAAUCGUCAGUACACAUGUCGUCGAGCUAACAGUUCUUGUCAGAUCUCUAAGGAUGAACGAUAUCUUUGCCGACUUUGUCGUUACAAUAAAUGUUUGGCGCUCGGAAUGACCCCAGAAAGUACGUAA